GUGUGCGCAGGUUCUAGAUGCGUGACGGACGAGUAUCACUGUCACCCGGGUGAGAUCUCGGUAUCAGCAGGAGCAGAGCAAGUUGCAGAGCAGUUACAGAGCGGUUGCCUAUGAAAAUGGAGAACUCCGGGUCUCUCGAGGGCCACUGGAAUGAAGGAGCCCAGUUCGACGACGAGGAUGACGUUACCAGCAGCAAGGAUAGGAGUCGAGUCUCCUCGAUUCCAGCCGAGGUUAUGAUACAAGGAGACUUUCUGUCGAUUCCCCAGCCUAAAGGCUGGGGCUGCAGACACACUCUGGUGGUCCUGGGCUUCACAGGUCUGUGCGUCACGUACCUAAACCGAAUCAACUUGAGCAUCGCAAUCGUGGCGAUGGUCGCCGUCAAUUCCUCCUCUCCUGCAGGAAACGACUCCGAGAUCUGUCCCUUCCCUCCGGACUGGAACGCCACGUCUGGAGACGCUACGAUCAAAGGCGAAUUCGACUGGGAUCCGGCGAUCCAGGGCAUCCUUCUGGGCUGUUUCUUCUACGGCUACGCCGUCUCCAACUUCUUUGGCGGUCUGGCCGUCGAACGCUACGGCUCGCGCAUCGUGCUGGCAUUCAGCGUCUUCGUAUCUUCCCUCGCCAGCAUCGUAUCUCCCAUCUGCGCCAGGACUUCCAUCGGGCUCUUUAUCGGGGCAAGAGUCCUUUCAGGUCUGGCUCAGGGCCCUGUGUUUCCAUGCAUACACAACUUGCUAGCGACCUGGAACCCGCCGCAGGACAGAGCUCGCUUUGGGUCAGUGCUCUUCCCAGGAGUCAACAUAGGCACGAUCCUGACUCUAUCUCUCGGAGGCUUGAUGAACGAAUCGGACUUCCUCGGGGGCUGGCCGUCCAUCUUCUACGUCUUCGGCGUCCUCGGGAUCCUGUGGUGCAUUCCAUGGCUCAUCUUCAUGCGGGACUCGCCCCAGAAGCAUCCUAAGAUCUCUCGAGAGGAACUCAACUACAUCGAGGCGCAGGGGUCUACUGUCAGGACUACCGUGAGAAUGAAAAUCCCAUGGCGCGACGUCCUCACCUCCGUCCCUUAUUGGACUCUGAUAAUUAUCGCCUGGGGAGACAGCUUCGGAUUCUACACUUUCCUGACAGAGGUCCCCACUUACCUGAAAAAUAUACAACACUUCGGGUCGGCAGACACGGGACUCACCUCCGCUCUACCGCACCUGGCUGCGGCUCUCGUGUCGUUCGGCUGGGGUGCGACGGCGGACCUGCUAAUUGCUAGGACGAGUAUGUCUGUCACGGCUGUGAGGAAACUGUCUACUGGACUUGGGAUGUACGUGGCGUCCCUCAGUCUGGUAGCGAUGUGUUUCGUCGACUGCAAUUCGACGCUGGCCGUAGUCGUCUUGUGUGUGUCGGUGGGCGUCAACGCCUGCGGCAGCGUCGGGGGCGCUAUAGCCGAGCAGGACAUCGCGCCUAACUUGACGGCGGCGCUGAAGGGCAUCUCGAACACCGUAGGGGCCGUGUCGGGGAUAGUGGCGCCUCUCAUCACGGGACUCGUCACUUCGGAUAACCAAACGAUAGAUGCGUGGCGUACAGUGUUCCUGACAGCCGCGGUGACUUACUUCGUCAGCUGCACGGCUUACUUGCUCUUCGGAACCAACAAAGUCCAACCCUGGAACUUACCAAAAGAUGAGAGAGUAAAAGGAAAAAACAAACCCUAAACGCCAAUGCUCUAGGAAGUGUCAACUUCACCGAACCUCUGGCGCGAAGAUGAAGAAGGUUCAAGGCCUCAGUCCCUGGUUUUCGAGGAUUCCGAAUCGUUUUCAGUGGGUUCGAACGAUUUGGAACCUUUCUUGAGUUUCUUCAUAGGGAUUUGGAAUAACUUCAGAUCCCUCUUCACAAUAUGUUCAGACGAUUUUGAACCUCCCUUCAUGGGGACGUGGAAUAACUUCAGAUCUCCCUUUGCAAUAUAUUCAGACGAUCUCGAACCUUUCUUCACAGGGACUUGGAACGCCUUCAGAUCCCUCUUCCCAAUAUGUUCAAACGAUUUUGAACCUCUCCUCAGGGAUGUUGGAACACCUUCAGAUCUCUCUUUCCAAUACGUUCAGGCGAUUUUAAGACUCCUCUUUUUCCACUCGUGUUGAGUGCAUUUUAUUCUGAACGAUCGUACAAAAUGACACUUGUACGUCAAGUUGUUUUUGUUGACUUUGAGAUGAAAUUUUGCUUUAAGCAUUAACAGAAAAAAAUCACCAGCGUUUGAAAAUCUGCUAAAAGAAUUCCGUAAAAUUAUGGCAUUGAUAAGUGGGCCAUGCCAAAGCUUGUAAAUAUAAAGUUUAAUAUAAAUUAAUUGUUAUAGAUCGUAAUAAAAAUAUGACAACGA